GAGCUUUUUGCUCUUCGCGGGAAGACGAGAACUCGCAGGCCCCUCUCGCUUCCCUCGACCACCACCCAUUGAAAUACUUUCUCCAUUAACUCUUCGAGGAUCGUAUCCGACAACAACCCCAAGCAAAUCGCCAAGAUGUCGGACGUAGAAGAGAACACUGUCCCCGCCUCCGAGGAGGUUGAGGUUUCCGCCGAUGCUGCCCCCAAGGGCCAGAUGAGCGUCCUUGAUGCCCUCAAGGGUGUUCUCAAGAUCUCCCUCAUGCACGACGGUCUUGCCCGCGGUCUCCGUGAGGCCUCCAAGGCCCUCGACCGCCGUGAGGCUCACAUGUGCGUCCUCAACGAGUCCUGCGAGGAGGAGGCCUACAAGAAGCUCGUCAUUGCUCUCUGCUCCGAGCACAAGAUUCCCCUCAUCAAGGUUCCCGAUGGCAAGCAGCUCGGCGAGUGGGCUGGUCUCUGCGUCCUUGACCGUGAGGGUAACGCCCGCAAGGUCGUCAACUGCUCUUGCGUCGUUGUUAAGAACUGGGGUGAGAUGUCCUCCGAGCGUGAGAUCCUCCUCAACUACUUCCAGACCGAGCAGUAAAUUGGCGAUUCGCAUCUUGGCGAGGCGGAACACCUAGGGAUGGACAGGCGGCAGACGCGUCCCAGACAUUGGCUCUAACAAGCCACGUGUUUGGUUGGACGUACGCUUGGGUAGACCUUACCGACUGGCACAAAUGCUUAGAGCAGGCCUUAACUGGCUUCCCUGCAAGGGGCAAUAAACAACGUAAAAGGUCCAAAGACCUUGAAUUCUUGA